ACUCCCACACACGCAGGAUCUGCCUCCAUGUUCAACCGAAAUAAAUAGUGCUGCUGUGAUCACUGGCUCCCUGCAGACUUUCUUACAGCCCAAGCAAGGGAUCAAGUGCCUGUUUCAUCCUCGGCGGUACAUCAAUACAACAACCAAGAUGACCCACCAGUUUCCAUCCCUCUCUCCAGAGCAGAAGAAGGAGCUGGCCACUAUCGCCCAGCGUAUCGUGGCUCCUGGAAAGGGUAUCCUGGCUGCAGAUGAGUCCACAGGCACCAUGGCAAAGCGUCUGCAGAAGAUCAACGUGGAGAACACAGAAGAGAACCGCCGCUUCUUCCGAGACCUCCUGUUCUCGGUUGAUUCCUCUAUUUCUCAAAGCAUUGGAGGAGUCAUCCUCUUCCACGAGACGCUGUAUCAGAAAUCAGACAAGGGCGUCCCUUUCCCAAAGCUCAUCAAGGAGAAGGGAAUUGUGGCUGGCAUUAAGGUUGACAAAGGCACAGCAGGGCUGAACGGAACAGAUGGCGAGACGACCACACAGGGGUUGGAUGGCUUGGGUGAGCGCUGCGCUCAGUACAAGAAGGACGGGUGUGACUUCGCUAAGUGGCGCUGUGUGCUCAAGAUCUCGGACGGCUGCCCUUCUCCUCUUGCCAUUGCUGAAAACGCCAACGUAUUAGCCAGAUACGCCAGCAUCUGCCAACAGAAUGGCUUGGUGCCCAUUGUUGAGCCUGAGAUUCUCCCUGACGGCAAUCACGACCUCCAGCGCUGCCAGUACGCCACAGAGAAGGUCCUCGCUGCUGUCUACAAGGCCCUGUCUGACCACCACGUGUAUCUGGAGGGUACUCUGCUCAAACCUAACAUGGUCACAGCCGGGCAGUCUUGCACCAAGAAGUACACCCCGCAGGAGGUCGCCAUGGCGACCGUUAGCGCCCUCAGACGCACUGUCCCAGCUGCAGUUCCAGGCAUCUGCUUCCUGUCAGGAGGUCAGAGCGAAGAGGAAGCUUCACUCAAUCUCAACGCCAUCAACCAGACUCCACUGCAUAAGCCAUGGAAGCUGACGUUCUCCUACGGACGUGCUCUCCAGGCAUCAGCUCUCGCAGCGUGGAAGGGGAAAACGGAGAACAGGAAAGCCGCCCAGGACGCAUUCACCACCCGUGCCAAGAUUAACGGUCUGGCAUCUAAAGGCGAGUACAAACCGUCAGGCCAGGCUGACCAGGCUGCCACACAGUCCCUCUUCACUGCCAGCUAUGUCUACUAGACCAAACAUGCCAAUGUUAAUGCCAAGAUUUCUUGGACACACCAAAACUGUGAAUACACAAUGACCAAAAACUGCUCAAGAUAGCAUUUUCAUGUUAACUCAAUUUAUUAACAUGUAUAUUCUGCAUACACAGAAUCUUAAUCUGGAAGCUCAUGACCAAAUCACCAAAUACUUUUAUAGUUUAUAAAGAAGAUAAGGAUCUUUUCACGUUCAAUAAAUAAAAAAUAUAUGGACUAA